GACUUCACCGGUUCGUGUUGGCAGCAGAAGAAAUCCAUCUUAUAAAUAGCCUCCCGGCUCUCUCCAAUGUCAAACCUAAUUCUCUCUCUUUCUGAUCGACGCCUUCUUUUCUUGCCCUCAAUUCUACGAUAUCGAGGCGACUCUGUUGUUUAGGGAAUUGACGAAGGCCGUAAUUCGGAACGCGGAAGGGCCUUCCUACCGAGAUAAACAGGUUGGCGUGAGCUUAUCCAUGCGUCAUGCACUUUUCAAAUAGGAAUCAAUUUUCUGACCUAGCUUUCGUGCUUUGGUAAGUCGUCUGAGAUCCUUUCGAUGACUUAUGUUGUGUUGAAGGGAUAUCUAUAUGAUCCGAUCGAUUACGUAAGGCCCGCGGUAGCAAUGGAAUCGGAGAAAGUAUACAGAAAAGACAGUUCUUUUCUAUUCUAUUAUAUUACUAUUAGUAUUAGUUAGUGAUUCUGGCUCGGUGAGUCCUUUCUUUUGUGAUGAACUGUUGGCACCAGUCCUGCAUUUUGUCUCUGUGGACUGAGGAGAAAGAGGGCUCGUGGGAAGAGGGUUGUACCAUGAGAGAAGCAAGGAGGUCAACCUGCUUCAAAUAUACAAAAUGGAUUCCGGCAAUGCAAGGGAGUUGGACCCUCAUGUCAAUCCGAAUGAAUUAGUCUUUGAACAGAGAAUUUUGAGAUAACAAUUGGUGGAGGAGGGUUGAAAAUAUGGAGCACAACAAGACCGAAUGCCAAACUCCUGAAGCUCCAAUUCUCUGCAUCAACAACUGUGGCUUCUUUGGGAGUGCAGCAACCAUGAACAUGUGCUCCAAGUGCCACAAGGAUCUGAUAUUAAAGCAGGAACAGGCCAAGCUGGCAUCAUCAUCCAUUAAUGGCAUUGUAAAUGGCAGUGGUAGUAGCAGUGGAAAAGAGCCAAUAGUUUCCGAGAAUGCAAAUGUAGCUGUUGGCCCAGUGGAGCCAAAAACCAUCUCUGCACAUCUGUCUGAUUCAACGGUCAUAAGUGAGGGUGGUGAGACAAAGGUGAAGGUCGGCCCAAAUAGAUGCAGCACUUGUAGGAAGCGAGUUGGGUUAACUGGGUUCAAUUGUCGUUGUGGAAAUCUUUUCUGUGCAACACAUCGCUAUUCUGAGGAGCAUAACUGCCCAUUUGAUUACAGAACAGCAGGCAGAGAUGCUAUAGCCAAAGCCAACCCUGUUAUCAAAACUGAAAAGCUUGACAAGAUCUAGAGACGUGGACAAGAAGGUUGAUGGAAUCUGAGAAAGUUUGUCUUCUUGUCUAUGGCUUCUCAAAUCAUGCUCUCUGCUUGUCUUCAGGGGCAUUCAUUAUUGCCAUAAAUGGAUGGAGGCAUGAUGUGGUGGCUUCCUUGUAGCCUCAAGAACUUGUUGGUUGCAGAAGGUUUCCAUGUUGGCUCUGAUGUGUAAGCUUUUUAUUUGCAUUGUGGAUGAUUUAAAGUUCUUAUGAUGUGGCUAUCUUUAUGAUUUUCUGUUGUAUCUUCUGUAUUGUGUUUCAGCAGUGAUAGUGCCCUAGUGAUGUGAAUGGUAUAUAUCUUCUUUGUGUUUCAUUGCUAUUUCUGCAAAAUGGAGUUUCAAGGGAAAAUUGGGAUUCAUGGUGAUGUCCUAUAAUCUGGAAAUGAUGAUCAUUUAUUGAUUAACCUUAAUCUCUUCCCGAUCCUUAGAUCUAAUUCUGGAAUUAUUGCUGAUGCCUGAUUGUUUAUUCAAUCCUGUUAUCUGGUAAAAAUAUCAUCAUAUAUCUGAUAUUUGUUGCUUCAUCUGGUUUGUACGUGCUGUUGGUGUUUUCUUCCUGUGGUUGCACCUAUUUUAGAACUAUCAUGAAGCAACUAAAGAACUUCUUAAGCAAUCUGUGGUCUGUAUGAAGCCAUCUCUAGCUAGAAAAAUUAUCAGAUGAAGUAUUGAUAAUGUUCAUUUCUUCUUGUUAUAUCUCAUAGCAUGCUAUGAUGAAAUUUCAGAAAUUUGCACUUAUAGCUGUAUCUCAGUAGUCUAUUUUAGUGCCCAUUACAUUUCACAAGUUGGACUGGUGUAAAGAAGAAAUAUUGAAUAUUUGCGGCCUUGAACAUAUCAUGUGUUUUUUCUUGCCCAUUAUGGUUGCAGUUUAUGCUAUUGCUGUGUCGUAGGGAGUUUAUAGCAUGCCACCUCUAUGUGUUGGAGGGACUUUAUGGUAUGCUAUUUCUAUGUGUUGUAGGGAGUUUAUGGUAGUGUCUGAUAGAAUUAUUUGGCCUUCUGAAAAAUGGUUGCCUGGGUAACUGUGGGCUUUCUAGGCAGGGUGCCUGGCAAUGCAUGAGCUUCUGCCUUCAUGGUUUUGCAUAAAGUUGAGUUAUUUGGCUUUCUGAAAAUGGCUGCCCGGGUUCCUGUCGGCUGUCUAGGUAGGGGAGCCUUGCAGUGCAUAGGCUUCUGCCUUCAUGGUUUUGCAUGAAGUUGAGUUAUUUAGCCUUCUGAGCAUGGCUGCCUGGGUGCCUGUAGGAUGGCUUCUUGGCUGCUAUAGGCUCCUGCCUUCAUGGUUUUGCAUAAUGCUUGGGUGCAGAGGAUGACAAUGGUUUAUGAAUUAGUACUGGAUGUUGCCUAGAUGCUAUUUUCCAUCACUUAUUACACCUUAACUACAGGUUAUGCUUUGAAUUAUAGUCUAUAACUAGGCGCUAGUGCCUUGUAAAACAUUGCUUUCUUUACCAAUUCUGGUUUUGGAGAUAUGAUUGUUCUUAUCAAUAUGCUGGGAUUUAGUGGUCACAUAUGCUAGGAGGCACCUUCAUUCUCACCAUUAGUACAGCACACAAGUUGCCUGGCUAGUUCAAUGAGUUGCAUGGAGUUCCUUUUGUUGGUUCUCACUGAAUUGGGUCUCUAAGACUAUCCAUUUCAAGAGAGAUUUUUAGGAAAGUAAUUACCAAGUUAUUCUUCUGUGGGAUAUCUCGUGAGCUUUUGUGAGUGUAUAAGCCGAAGGUAUUAAUGAUGUUUUGGGUUUACCAUAUGAAGGUGAGGGUGAAAAGAUUACUAUACGUGAACUGCAUGACUUAGGUAUUCAAGAAAUCUGAAGGUUAUUUAUGAAAUCAGUUUGAGUUCUUGUCAGGUCAUGCAGGUAACCAGCUACAUGUAUUUGAACAUUGUCCAAUCAUGCUCACUUUAGAUCCGUUGAUCGUAUUAUUCUUACAAGCUGACUAUAGAGGCUAGUAUAUAUUGUUAUGGGUGCAUGCGGCCUAUACUUUAAUGCUUGAUUGCUUGCAUGAUCACUACAAGGUGAAUUAAGAUGUUUAUAUCUGAUGGCACAUACAAUCUCAUGUGAUUGGACAAAAGUAACGGUUUUUUCUUUUCUGACACUGGGGUGGGGUGGGGGGGGGAUGAUAACAUGGCAUUUAAUGUGCUUUAGUGAGGUCGAUUUCCCUCUGCGUGGUUGUAUAAACAAGAACGACUUUAUCCAUCUGCACUUGAUCACCCUUCUUUAAAGUUGUAGAUCUUAUUAUCAUGUACCAAAUGAGUGGCAUAUAUAUCAAAUUCCAAAUCAAAAACAAUGCAUCAAACUUUGAUUUAUUUUUGCUAAGUUUUAUGUUAUUCAUGGAACUUGAGAACCUCCCAAUGAUGAUUCUUUAUUUUCCCAUUUUGUAGCAUUCAUUUAUAAUGAAAAGCUUUUCCAAAAAAACCAUCCAAAUAAGUUCAUGUUUGUCAUCUUUCCCAUUGUUCAAGUUGGGACUAUAUAGGUUUUCUAGUACAUAUAACAUAGGUUGAGUUUUAAGCAAAAUCAGGUGGUCCAUGAUUUGAAAGAUGCAGUUUUUGACUUAGGGAUCCUUAGAUUAUACUUUGGGUUUAUUCUGUUUGGUUACUAUUAAAAGUCUUGCUUGUCAUCUUUGUCUGGGCCCUUGUGACAUCUAUGCUGACCUUGUAAGAGUGCAUGAUUUUGAACUAUAUAACCAAUGAGGUAGUUUUUGGUACCCUGCCAACUUUCAAUUCAGGCUUCAUAGCAGGUUUCUUGCUUUCCUAAAGUUCUGGAAGCCCACUAGUUAACUUUUAGAGGGCUGGUAUCAGGUAGAGAGCUAGUUAUAGACAUUUUCAAUCAUGGUUAGAUUGUACCAUACUAGAUAAAGCUAAUCACUUAUAGGUGAGAUAAGGAUUGCCGCUAUACUAUAUGUGAUGGUUACCUAGGUAUAAGAUAUAAAAUGAAGUGUUGGAUAGAAUUUGGAUUAUGGCGUAUGAACCAGGAUUAAAUUCUCAGUGUCUCAUUAGUUUUUCUAUUUGGGGAUUGCUUAUCUUAUUUUUUUUUGUUCUGUAUGUGUUUUCAAUGACUAAUAUAUUUAUGAUUUUCAUAUGAUGCUAAAUGUCGAACUUCAGUAAUUGUCUUGAGGUUGCGGACUGUCAAACUUUAGCUCGACAGUUACAGUUGUUAAACAAACUGAUUUUGAGGAUACAUGUGGCAACUGAUUUGGGUAUCCUUUAUGUCUUAUUGCAUUACCAACAUUGUUUUGCAAUAUAUGCUGCAAUGCGUCAUACGACAUACUGUGGUUUUUGAGUGUAAGGAAACAACAAUGAAGUUGAGGGGAGGUUAUUAAGGCUAAUUGAGUGGUAAGAUUCAUAAUUUUGCAAAUGAAUGCCUAAGAGGAAGCUUGGAAGUUCAAUUGGUUUAGAAUUAGAUUAUCAAAUGGUCUGCUGGAUGAAGUGAUGUUCUUUUAGAGUUUUGUGCAUGUGAGGGCACGUGUUAGGCUUUUAUGGAAAUUAUAGAGAAUUUUACUAAUGUUGGCUCCAGGAAUGUGGGUUUAAUUACUUAAAAUGGUGGCCAGGAGUGGGGAGUAUUGAGGGAGAUGGGUGUAUUCUAGGACUAGAAGAUUUUGAAUUUGUAUGAACCAAACAGGAAGCUUAUUAGGGCAACAAAUGGGCUAAAGUGAUAAAAGAAACAUAUGGAUGUGGUCAUUUUCCUAGAGGGAGGCUGCAGUGUGGUAAGAGCUGAAGGGAAGAAAGGAGGUGCGAGGGAAUGGAUGUUGGGUGAUGAGAUAUUAUAUGGAAAAUCUUCUAAGGGUGCCAUCUAGUAGGUAAAGUCUUUGGGAUUGGUAUCAAGGACCUGGGGUUGAGUACCACCCUCACCCAAAUUUCGGCUGGGAUCCCCUGUCCUGGUUCUUAAAAUAUAAGAGGAUACGGCAAAUCUAACUUGGAUGUUGUUGCACAGGAAAUUGCAGAGAGGGAUAUGUGGUGAAGUUUAAAUUAUGCAUUGGAAUUUAAUUGGUUGGAAAUUUAGCACAUAGAGAUUGAGAUUUUCAUACUAAACAGAUGUAUGCGUAGAUAUGGUAUCUGGAUUUUGAGCAUUUUAUUAAAGGGCUUGAUGUCUGUCUCUAUUUAAAUACUGGAUUCACUAUUCAGUGGAAAUUUAAAUUUGUUUGUUUAUACAGUUGCAUCAUCCAGUUCAUGCGGUCUUCAGAGGGUGAAGCUCUUUAUUUUUGAAGUCAAAAAUCGAUGCCAUUGAUAAAGUGUCUUUCGGAACAUUGCUUUAUUGCAUAUGCAAAUGCAUCAUCUUCCAAUUAUAUUUUACUAAUAUUUUUUUUGUGCUAUACAUGUGAGCCUCUGGUGGAAGGAUAUGAAAGAAGGAACAGAGGAAAGGAGCUGGGGACUCAAGAGUAUAGGAAUCCGAGACUUCAAAAUGUGCUGAGAAAGAAGAAAUGUAUGGCAUUGGGACUAUUUAGUAUCGGAAAUAAAUAACAAAAGGAAGUCGAGCCUUGAGGUGGUGUUGAAAAAUUGGAGUCAUUGGACAUGCAACACAAAUGCCUGAUUCUAGUCAUAAGUUACAGAUGUGCAUUGACAUUUGCCUGUUGUUUAGUUUUAAGAUCAUGCUGGCUGACAUGACCAUCUGUCUUAGGGAUUUAGGGCAGUGAAGUGGUUUUAUGGAGAUCAAUUUAAUCCUGUUUUGGAGAGAGAGAAAAUUAGAACUUUGUUUUGUUGCUUAAUAUUUUGGUCAGGCUACAAUAAGUGGCAGAUAUCUCUAAUCUUCUUUCCCUUGGUCUGGUGAUUUAUCAUGCUAUUCAAGAUUUUUUAAGAUAUUAGAUCA